AUGGCCUCUGCCAUCCAGUUCUUCAUCCGUUUGGGCUUCACAGCUCCAACUCAGGCACAGCUCAGUGAGUGGGACCAAUAUCUUUGUCUAUCUCACCCCAACGGAUCCGACAUCCAUCUCCGCCAACUCGGAAUGGACGAGGAAGGGUGGCUGGUGCCGACCAAGAACUCAUUCGGCAUCUACGUGUAUUCUGAGGACGUGGAGGCCCUGGGUGUGGAUUUUGCCGACGAAAUCAUCGAGGCGGGCAAGAAACCCGAGGUGAAAGAAUGGGGUCUGCUUGAGUUCAGCGUGAAUGGACCUGAUGGAUGUCUCGUCCGAGUUGGGUGGCCGGCCGAUGAGAUUGAGAAGAAAGCGGCGGCCUGA